AUGCGGGCUGCAGUUGCUCACCAUCACGCGCAGAAGUCGCAGCGCGUCGACCGCCCGACCGCAAUGGCCGGAAUAGUAGGUGGGACGGCACGUUCUUGUCGCAUUCUGCGCGGUGCCUUCUCUCUCACUCUCCUUGUUACCUUUCCAUCCGGCCAUGUUUCUCUUCCGUGCAUCUGCUUCCAGCUCGUCUUCUCUACAACGCCUUAGCCGCGCUUUGCUACACCAGCUUGCCCCGUCUUCCCAUACGACUCCCACGGUAAUAGUCUUAUCAAACCCACCAAUGCUCGCUCGUGCGUCGAGCGACGCCGGCACCCGUCUGCGCCGCUCCAAGUCCACGUCAACCGUCCAUCGACAUGCACCACCCCUCCCAGAGCCCUUGGAUCCAGACGUAGCUCAGCGGCAUGCCUUGGCCGCCGCCACCACUGCUUUUGCUCGGGCGCACGGGCACGAAGCAGCCGAACGUCCCAAGCGCAGCUCUGAGCUCUCGAGAAACCAAAGCAACGCUAGUCGCAAAUCACUCGCCUCGCAGGGCAGCCACUUUCCACCACGAGAGUCAAGUCUUCACUCCCUCCAUCCCCAGCGAGGCGGCCAGGUACCCAGCAGCCAACGUCAACCACGGCCACCCACGAUCAACACAGAGAAGUUCCCGCCGUUUUACCCCACUCCCACGCCCGGUAGCGAGAGGCUUCUUUCGGCGCAGCCUUCGGUCACCUUCAAUGAGAAUACCCGGCCGAACUCUCAGCCGAAGCCACAUCGACAGAGCGCCUCUUCGUCAGUGACCUCGCAGCAGAUCCGCAAGGCUCGCUCCAUGUACUACGCAAGCAGCAUCCAGACAGGCUCGCCCAUCGCCAGACCUCCAGCCAAGUAUCUCACUACGCCGCCCCCAGUAAACCCUACCCCGGAUAUCGCGUCCACCUUACUUCCACCCCGAACCACCGCACCAUCGCCGCUCGUUUCUCCUCGAUUGCCAGUCACCGUUGGGCCAGAGGAGACCGUUGACAAGGCAAGAGACAACUAUCUCCAAAGCUUCCAGCAGCGACAGGUCAAACAGAAGCCAUCUUUGUUUCUCGCUCCCUUCAAGAAGAGGCACGACAGGGGCAAGAAGAAAGAGCGACCCACCUCCGCCGGCAUCGUGUCUGUUUCAUCCGGGACUCGGCAGACGCCAAACGAUACGAGCUUUGACGAGGCGCUGGAUGAUUUUGGCAUGCCUAGGCAGAAGAAGGAGAAGAGGUCGUUCUCGAACUCGAUCAAAGACAAGUUCAAGAGGGUCUUCAGACGCACGUCGCGCAAGUCACCUACACUUCCGGUUCAGCAGAUCGAAGCAAGCCGAGACUAUUUCAGCUACCGGCUCGCCCAGCCUGAGCAGUCGGCGCUCAUCGACCGAAGCUUAGAAAUCCCAAGCCCGGACAACGAAACUCUCCAGCGGAUCCGAUCGCGCACGCCAUCCCACGAGGCCACCCUCUCCCUCCCGCCCCGACCCAGCUCACGUGGAAGUAACCGUAGCACCCACAGCAACCGCAGCCUGCAUAGUGAAACGAAUGCUACCUUCCAGUCCUCUUCUCGCGUCACUAGCUGGGGCGAUUCUUCGGCUGGCAACACGCUCACCCAGCGCGACAUUAAGCGCCUGACCGUCAUCCAUGAAGCCAAGGAUAGCAUUGGGAGUGAAGCCGAGCGCAAUAUGGCGGCUGCAUCCCCGACGAGGAAGAGUCUUUCUGCGCUUGCUGUUUUCAGGGACCCCAUGCCGAUGGAGAGUUUGAUGGAGGAAGCGUCCACGCCCAUCGAUCCGAAGCGGGUAUUCUCGGCACUAAUGAAAGAAAUUGAUACGAGUAAGGGCGGCCAAGCGGGAACGGAGCCGGAGGUGCCGUCGCCCGGGGCAGAGAGUGAUGUCUUUAUCUCGAGUGCGACGAAGGAAUUGUGUUCCGCCGCUACAAGGGAGCUCCACGCAAGCAUCACAAAACGUUCCGAGCCCCGAAUGAGUAGCGAGCAGAGAGCAUCUCCUUCGCUACAUCGGGAUAGUACCGGCACCCACGGCAAGGCCACCGGCUCUCUCAAGUCCUUUGGAAGGGCGCUCAAGUCAACGAUCCGUGCCGUGACGCCCACGGAGCAUCGCGUCUCUCCUUUAUUGGAUCGCGCAACCACUGUUCGCGGGCCUGUGAGGAUUCCGAGGCCUGAUACGGUUAGUUCGUGUUCGUCGACAGACUCGGAGUCUCACAAGAAAGGCGACGAGGAGAAGACGGUGGGUUCUAUUAAUUUUAAGAUGAGUGCGCGCAGAAGCCGUGCCACAACGCGCGAUUCGCAAAGCUCCAACAUCGUGACACCCACAGCUGAGCAACUGGAGCAGCGGAUGGAGAAGUCAAGAGACCGAUGGAAGACGCCACUUGAGGAAAGCCAUACUCCCCAUUUGCCUCGCCCACACGACCAGACAUACUCCGUUACCAACUUCGCUAGCCAAACAUGCACGCAUACCGCUCAUAAUGAUGCAUUCAACUCUAUUGCGCCGGUAGAAUUGGCAGGGGUCUCAACCAAGGUAUCAGCGUCCACAAACUCGGAGCGAAAAGCAGUUCCACCAACCCCCCGAUCUCCCACCCCUCGGCCCGUGUUUUCGCCGUUGUCUCCCAGCGUCUACUCCCGCAACACCGACGGAAUAAGCAUUCUCCCAAAUGACAGUGUCAUGUCUCUCAACGGUGCCCACGACGACACCACACAUGAAGGUGGCUCGGCUGUCAUCCUCACCAGCCACGCGGUUAAGAGCUAUGUGAUUGGAACGCCUACACCGAAACGUAGGGUUGAUUCCGGUCGGUUGAGCAAGGACUGGAAGGCUUGGCUAUCUCACGAGGUAUCGGAGUUAGAGAAGAACUCCCCGCAGCAGGAGUUCAUGAUAGAUGAGCGGUAUACGCCGAGCAAUAGACAUCAAAGGGACUUUACACAGACCGAGGAUGAGGAAGAUACUACGGUUAUUGUGCACGGGGAGAUUGAAGUUCCUACUCCAAGGCAGGUACACAUGUUGGAAGAUCCACCGACGACGAUCCUCGGGGGCGCAGAAGUGUCAAAGCAGGUGGAGCAACGACCGGAGGAGAUACCCCGCUCACCAGCCAUUCAUGAAACACACGGAGGCUCUGAGCACAUUCACGGAGUGUCUCCACCAGUUCCAUGUCCGAUUCUGAAAAAUGAGCCGGUGUCGUCCCCGGUAAGCCAAUCUUCUUCCUUUUCUCAACCUAGAGCCGAGACGCCGAAAUCUGAGCGCAUGAACGAUCGUUUCCCAUACAUCACCACCGACCGACGCUCAAGCAGCAGCAGUGCAAGACUCCUACGCAAGUCACGCGCACCUAGGGCUAGCGGCUCAUCAUCCGGAUCGUCAUCACUCAGGUCCAAAGCUACGCCCGGCCCGAAGGUAUAUUCGGACUUAUCGGCGCCGUCUACAGAUCGCACGUCAAAAUAUGGCCUGAACUUCCGCUCUAAGCGUGUUGAGGUAGCGGGAAAGGAGGCAGGGAGUGGGAAAGAGAACGUGACACCAAGUUUGCAGGCGCCCAAGCCGUCUGGUUCGAGCCCGCUUCACCAAUCGAUGCUGCCGCUUCAAGUCGCACGGCCAAAGUCAAUGCAGCCGCUCUCUUCUGCAGCUCUGAAUCGCGGCCCAUCAUCUAUGGCGCAGUACACCACGUCGGCAGAAGAUAUGAAGAAGAAAUCUCCUGUGGCUAGCCCCCCACGCCCACGUAUCCGAGCCCAUCUUCGCCCCAUAUCCCCGGUCAAACUCACAGCACGCCCUAAGAGCGCAUUUGAUCUCCGCGGCGCAAACACGCCCCCUCUCGCUCCCAGCCCGUUACGUCCGAUUCGCCCAGGAAUCAGCAGCGUAGAGAAACUGGAGCGCGGUGUAGCAGCAGAACCAACGAAAGCAAGCAGGCCGGUCACGCCCCGCGCUCGCACCAGCGCAAUCGGCGAUGACACCCUCCGCAUGAUUCUCGAAUCGCCCUGGGCUGUCUCCGGCGCCCCUUCGCCACUCUCGUCCAUGGAUCGCGGUCGCGCACCGAAGCUCCACAUGAAGCAUAGCUCCAGCACGCUUGCGCUCAACAAGGAGCCGAGCCCUGGCGCGGAAGAGCGCGGUAUCGACGCCGUUAUUGAUGAGAGGGUGAGUCCAACGCGGGAGGGCAGUAGGAGCGGAAGGGUGACGCCCGGGCAGCGGAUGGCGGAGCGGUUUUUGAGGGAGAGAAGUGUGGGGGCCGGGGCGGGGAGUCCGGUUGCGAAUGCAAGAGAGGAGACGCCUGCGUUUCUCUGAAGCGGUGGGUCCAUGGGGUGGAUAUUAGCAAUGUAUUAAUAUCCAAGAAGGUGUGAGCGGGUGGGGCAAGGGUAAUGCGAGGGACGUUACGUUGGAUUCUAGAUGGAUACCAACGCUUUGGGUCGGUGGUCUUUUGUUGGAUAAAGAGAAUACUGUAGUAUCAUGAGGAUACCAGAUGGUUUUUGCAAGGGAUUCAGAGAGC